AUGAGACGGAAACUUGACAUAGAUCGAAGUAAACCAUUUGUUGUAGCUGAAAAUACUUUGAAUGAAGAAUAAAACAAUCAUUCAAUUGAUUCGGUUUUCGUAUGAAAUCGGAAGAGUUAUCAUGUGCAGAUAAAAAUUUGUUUUUCCGCAGUUCACAUCAUCUUCAUGAUUCAUUCCUUUCACGGGCGAAAAUGAACUCAACAAAUUGGCCUCCUCUUAUGUAUGGACCUUCAUAGCUCAGAUGGUAGAGCACUGCAGCGCUAACGCAGAGGCCAUAGGUUAGAAUUCCGUUGAAGUCCCGAAAUUAUGUUCGGGUUUAUUUGCAUUUGCUUAAAUUGCAAUUACCACUGCGACGAUCAUAUCUUCAUUUAAAAUUGUUAUUGUUAUUAUUAUUAUCUUUAACUUAAUGAUAAUAAUAAUAACAAUAAUUGAUUAGUCAUCAAUAAUCAAGAAAACCAGCAUCUAUUUGCAGUGACUGAACAUAUCCUUUGUUUUAACAUCACGUCCCCACAGGGUCACCGCUUUGGUUGGACUCAAUAUCAGUGCGACAAAACAUUCAAAAGCGAUAUGUACAGGCUGUGUGAAAAAAAGUACGGCUCCAAGAAACGCUGGUUCUCCUGGCCAACAAAGUACAAACGGUGUAAAUUCUUUGCGCGUUGGUACUACAGAGCAGUGCGUGUUUUUGGAAGGUAUCACUGGACAAAUCCAUCCGAACGCUGGUGCCGCAAAGGCUGUACUGAAGCUCUUGGGAAUCCUUUCAAGCCUCUGAAAGUUACAGAUGACAUUGGAAAUGACAAAUACAUCAGUUUAAAACUCGAAAACUACAAGCUACAAGCAGCCGAGUUGGUUAACAAAUGA